AUGUCUCUCCUCGCCAUGUCGGCACCGGCUCUCCCGCACACCUCCUUUCGCCGGGGACUGCCGUGGGACUCGGAUACGCGGGCAGCCGCUUCUGAUUUCACCCUCUCGCGCUCGCGGGUCGACCUGGAGCAGAUCGCCCUGCCGUCCAUCCGCCAGGCCAUCCCUGAGCUGCAGCUGCGCGUCGCCGACAACCAGCCGUCCGUCUCCGUGGCAAGACCAACAUUGGCUCCGUCAGGGCCGCCGUCCCUGCCGUCUAUGCCGUCUCCCAACGCCAACACGUCCGAGUAUGUCCACUCGCCCUCUAGCUCCUACAAGCGACAACGCGUCUCGGUCCACGACGACCGGUCCGAGAGGUUCAGCCAGGUGCCUCGCCUGUGCGCAGUGCCUCCCCAUCUGGAACGCCCGGGUCCUCUACAGCGAGCAGCGCCAGCAGGCGCUUCGCCCACCCUGGGGCCUCUCCGCUCAGCUACCUCGGCCUCAGCUUCGCCUCCGAUCUCGUCUGCUUCUUCGGCCACGACCGGCAACACGGUCGAUGGGUGGCGCGGCAGUGACUCCCGCUAUUUGUCGUAUGGUCAUCGCGAGCCGGAGAGGACGUCAGAUCGUCUCCUGGAGACGGCACCUGGUGGCGGCAGCAGCAGCAGCAGCAGUAGCAGCAACGGCUCCUCCAGCAUACGCGGUCUUCCUGGCCUUCCACAGCUUCGUUUCGACCGGGAUCCAGCCCCGAUCUCCCAGUUGCGCACGUCUUAUCCCGGCGACAGCUACGCUUCGGCUCCCACGGCCAGCAAUGACGGCUACCGAUACCAGCAGCACGGCCAGAGCCCAACUGGUCCAUCUAGCAGCGGCGGCCAUGGCAUCCCCUACGGUCCCCCGAGCUACCAGCACCAUCCGUCGCGGAUGCAGUCUCUCUCUCUCGGAUCCAUCCGUGGUUUCGACCGAGCAGCGUUUCCCUCGUCCAGCAGCGGCGGCAACACCGGCAACACCGUCAACAGUAGCGGCAACAGCAUGCGGUAUGGCGGCCAUCAUAAUGCAACUUCGCCGACGGGCUACCAUCAUGAGUACGUCCCCGUGGGCGAGUGGACCAGCAGCGGAAAUGGAGGCUUGACCAGUGGUGUCAGUGGUGGUGCAACCAUCAACGGUGCCGGCGACACGAAGCAGCGCAAGAGACGCGGCAACCUGCCCAAGGAGACGACCGAUAAGUUGCGGGCGUGGUUCGUUGCCCACCUGAACCACCCGUAUCCGUCCGAGGACGAGAAGCAGGAGUUGAUGCGGCAGACGGGACUCCAGAUGAACCAAAUAUCAAAUUGGUUUAUCAAUGCUCGGCGUCGUCAGCUUCCGGCCAUGAUCAACAAUGCCCGUGUCGAAUCGGACGCGAUGCUGUCCAGCCGUGGAAGCAGUGGCAGCCGAAGCGGCGGUGUGACUGAGAUUAGCCCACGGAGCUAUUCCGGUGGCAGCAGUCUGCAUCACGGCGGCAGCAAGGUGCUGCCCUCGACAGAACAUAUGCUGUUGUCACCAGAGCGCUCGCUGGCCCCACGGACAUCGGCCCUCUACGGAGCUGUAGCAGCCGAGCACCAGGUCAGCAAGCAUGACAGCCCCAUGAGCGAAGACGACUACGACGACCUGUCACGGCACCGCAGCCACAUAAAACGGGGCAGCGUCUGA